UGCUUUUAUCUAUGAGCAGCAAAGGUUCAAACAGAUCCUCCUUCCAUUCCGAUUUGUGAGUUGUUCCCUACUGGGGCCUUUCUUAAAGGGCAAGAAUGUGAAUAUCCGCCUUUACAAGAUGGUCGUACUUUGGCUUGGCGCAUGACUAGUGAAGAGAAGAAGGUAUUAAACCAGGCUAGUGAAGAGAUCUGGAGCGAUUUCAGACAAGCAGCUGAAGCGCACAGACAGGUGCGCAAAUACGUCAGGAGCUGGCUCAAGCCCGGCAUGACCAUGAUUGAGAUUUGUGAAAAGCUAGAAGAUUGCUCCCGUAAGCUGAUCAAAGAGAACGGACUGAGUGCUGGCUUGGCUUUUCCGACUGGCUGCUCCCUGAACAACUGUGCAGCUCACUACACGCCAAAUGCCGGAGACCCCACCGUGCUCCAGUACGAUGAUGUCUGCAAAAUUGACUUUGGAACACACGUCAAUGGCCAUAUCAUUGACUGUGCUUUCACAGUUGCAUUUAACCCUAAGUAUGACAAGCUGAUAGAAGCUGUUAGAGAUGCUACAAAUACCGGUAUAAAGAAUGCAGGAAUUGAUGUUCGCCUUUGUGACAUUGGUGAAUCCAUUCAGGAAGUCAUGGAAUCCUAUGAAGUUGAAAUUGAUGGCAAAACAUAUCAAGUAAAACCAAUUCGUAACUUGAAUGGUCAUUCCAUUGGACAGUACAGGAUACAUGCAGGGAAAACUGUUCCAAUUGUCAAAGGUGGAGAAGCCACCAGAAUGGAGGAAGGAGAAGUGUACGCAAUAGAGACUUUUGGCAGCACAGGGAAAGGAGUUGUUCAUGAUGAUAUGGACUGUUCCCACUAUAUGAAGAAUUUUGAUGUUGGCCAUGUCCCAAUAAGACUUCCACGAGCAAAACACCUCCUGAAUGUUAUCAAUGAGAACUUUGGGACUCUUGCUUUCUGUCGCCGGUGGCUAGACCGUUUGGGGGAGAGCAAAUACCUCAUGGCCUUGAAGAAUCUCUGUGAUCUGGGUAUAGUGGAUCCAUACCCUCCAUUGUGCGAUAUCAAAGGCUCAUAUACGGCACAGUUUGAGCACACUAUUCUGCUUCGCCCGACGUGUAAAGAAGUUGUGAGCCGUGGGGACGAUUACUGAGCACCUCCAUCGUUUGACUUUGCUGUGCUGACCAGCACUGUGUGAAUGGUUCCAUCUGCAUCGUUCUACCAGUUUGUUUUAUGAUGGACCAGGUUUAGGUUUGCCAUGUUUUAGAGGGUAACAAUGAGGAGGAUGAGCCUGUAUUUCCAUCUACUCCAAAAAUUUUUAAUAAAAGGUUUCUGAUGUAUAGGAACUUUUUUUAUGUUGACAGGACUUGUUCCUUGCACUUUCCCACUGAUGGAUUAAUAUAAAACAUAACUGAAUACUGGCAUCUCCAAGUGGGUUGGAAUAUCUGCCCACAGAUUGUCUGCUGCUGGAUUAAUGCAGGAAGUCAAAUCGGGUACUGACAUGUUCAGGAGCAUGGGUGCUGCUUUGUUGUAAGAGAGUAAAUGCACCUCUGAGUUCAACUUUCUCCAGUAUUUUGCAGAGGCUUUUUAUAUAGAAAGUGGUAUUGAAUAUAACUUAUGCAAAUACCUUCAUUCUUGACUGUCUUCUAAAUACCCCGGCAAACAAUUUAAUAAAAAUAAAAGUUAAUUUCUGUUGUGAU